AUGAAGUUAUUGUUUGUAUUAUUAUCUCUUGUAUUUACAGCAGUUAGAGCUGCCCAAAACUAUCAAUUUAUUCAUGUUAGUGACAUUCAUUACAGUGCCUCUGUAAACUCAUUACUUUAUAAUGCAACUACAUCAUGUAUCGAACCAAGCUCACUUUCUACCGAAUCAGAUCAUCACGAACAUGACCAAAUUCUUUUAAAAUCAAAGAAAUUCAGUUCACCAACCAGUGGUUUAUUUGGUAGAUAUGGUUGUGAUACUAACGACGUUCUAUUGGAUGAAGUUAUGAAACAAAUGACUAUGGCUCAACCAAACCCUGAUUUUAUUAUUUAUACCGGUGAUGGUGCAGGACAUUCAUUACCAGUUGGACCAUGGCAAGAAUCACAAUCAACAUUAGCAAAACAAUUUUUAAAUAGCUAUCCAAACACUCAAAUUAUUCCAACUAUUGGUAAUAAUGAUGUUUUCCCAGACUACAAUUCACAAUGUGGCGAUAAUAAUUUAGCAUUUUUAUAUUCAAUUUGGAGCCAAUGGAUUCCACAAGAUCAAACUUCUUCCUUCCAAUACAGAGGUUCAUUCUCUAUUUCCCCAGUUCCAGGUUUAGUUGUUAUCUCUUUAAAUACUGUACUUUAUUCAACCAAAAACAAAAAUGUCUUUUCAACACCAAACGAUCCAUGCGGUCAAUUUGGAUGGUUAGAACAACAAUUACAAUCAGCUCAACAAAAUGGUGAUUCAGUUUAUAUUAUUGGUCAUAUUUUCCCUGGUUUAGAUCCAUUUUAUUUAUCAGCUACUUGGAAUUCACAAUAUCAAACAUCAUUCUUUAAUAUUACCACAGCAUAUAAAAGUAUUAUUAAUGGUGGAUUCUUUGGCCACAUUCACAGAGAUGAAAUUAGAGCCAUUCAAUAUGCAAACCCUUCACAAGAUUAUUUCCCAAUGUUUAUUGGAUCAUCAGUCACACCAGUUUACUUUAACAAUCCAUCAUUCAAAGUUUUCACAUAUUCUCCAAACACCAAUGUUGUUGCUGAUUACUCUGCUUUCUUUGCCGAUGUUUACAUCUCUAAUCUUCAAGGCUUUAUGAACUGGACUAAAGAAUAUGACUUUACCAAAACCUUUGGUAUUUCUUCACAAGCCAAUGGUAUCAAUGGCCAAGUUUUAAAUACAUUAAAUUACAACAUGCAAUUUUCAAAUAUCCUUUUCAAUACCUAUGACAAUUUUAGAUCUGCCUCCUACUUAGCCGAUGCCACCAUUACACACUGUCUCAACAAUGCCGCUACUGUAGAAGAAUUAAAUGCAUGUAGCGAUAUGUCCCAAACCGUUGCACAAAUAGCAACAAAGUAA